AGAGCCGCCCCUGCGCGGCCGUAUAUACCGGCCGGCCCGGCGUCAGGCCGUCCUUCUGCCAUCUGCCGUGACGACGGGCGGUCCGCGAGCGAGGGGUCAGCCACCGUGACUUGUUGAACCAUCAACUCUGCAAACAUGUGCGACGACGAGGUUGCCGCUCUGGUGGUCGACAAUGGCUCCGGCAUGUGCAAGGCCGGCUUCGCCGGAGACGACGCGCCCCGUGCCGUCUUCCCCUCCAUCGUCGGCCGUCCCCGUCACCAGGGCGUGAUGGUCGGCAUGGGACAGAAGGACUCGUACGUUGGCGACGAGGCCCAGUCGAAGCGAGGCAUCCUGACUCUCAAAUACCCGAUCGAGCACGGCAUCGUCACCAACUGGGACGACAUGGAGAAGAUCUGGCACCACACGUUCUACAACGAGCUGCGUGUGGCGCCCGAGGAGCACCCGGUGCUGCUGACGGAGGCUCCCCUGAACCCGAAGGCCAACCGCGAGAAGAUGACCCAGAUCAUGUUCGAGACGUUCAACACCCCCGCCAUGUACGUGGCCAUCCAGGCGGUGCUCUCGCUGUACGCCUCUGGCCGCACCACCGGCAUCGUGCUCGACUCUGGCGACGGCGUGUCCCACACCGUGCCCAUCUACGAAGGUUAUGCGCUGCCCCACGCCAUCCUGCGUCUGGACCUGGCCGGCCGUGACCUGACCGACUACCUGAUGAAGAUCCUGACGGAGCGCGGCUACAGCUUCACCACCACCGCCGAGCGGGAAAUCGUGCGCGACAUCAAGGAGAAGCUGUGCUACGUGGCGCUGGACUUCGAGCAGGAGAUGGCGACGGCGGCCAGCUCGAGCAGCCUGGAGAAGAGCUACGAGCUUCCCGACGGCCAGGUGAUCACCAUCGGCAACGAGCGCUUCCGCUGCCCGGAGGCCCUGUUCCAGCCGUCGUUCCUGGGCAUGGAGUCGUGCGGCAUCCACGAGACGACGUACAACAGCAUCAUGAAGUGCGACGUGGACAUCAGGAAGGACCUGUACGCCAACACGGUGCUGUCUGGAGGCAGCACGAUGUACCCGGGCAUCGCCGACCGCAUGCAGAAGGAGAUCACGGCGCUGGCUCCGAGCACGAUGAAGAUCAAGAUCAUCGCGCCGCCGGAGAGGAAGUACUCUGUCUGGAUCGGCGGCUCCAUCCUGGCCUCGCUGUCGACCUUCCAGCAGAUGUGGAUCUCCAAGCAGGAGUACGAUGAGUCUGGCCCCUCCAUCGUCCAUCGCAAGUGCUUCUAGAUGCAUUCCAGUGUCAUUGUUUGUUGUGAUGUUGUAAAGCUUAACCGACUCUAAUAUACCAAAUAUCCGCAGAA